AUGCUAGUCGGCUGUCAAAACCCUAAUGUUAUUACCGAGGUUUAUGAGGGGUUGGCGGAACAGUUGGACAUAACGAAUUUAGGAGCAGUGAAGCACUUUCUGGGUUACGACGUUCGUUGCGACAAAGGGAUAUACAGUAUUCAGCUGACCAGCUACAUCGAGGCGAUUUUAAAACAUUUCGGCCUUGAAGAUUGCAAGCCUGUGAAGGCUCCGAUGGAACCCGAUUACAUGAAAGCAGACAAUUUAGGCAAGCCUUUCGAUAACACGACACAGUACCGAAGUCUCGGUCGAAGAGUGAGUGCGCCCACGGAAAUGGACUGGAAUGCUGCACGGCGAGUAGUUAAGUACCUCAAAGGAACUAAAGAGAUGCAGCUUGUGUUUGGUCCAGGAAACGGUUAG